GUCUGUGGAGAUAGAUCAAAGGAGUUGUGCAGAAAAACCGAAACGGUAUUGAGGAAUAUGGUGACCCAGAGCUGUCCGCUGGCAAUGACUGUAUAUGCAAUCUUUUAGGGCCAAAGCCAUCCUUGGGACACACAAUUCCGUUAAAGAUGGGUAUGAUUUAUGAGCAUUUUGGAACUACAACAACCUUAGGGCUGGUUCUGGGCCAGCCCAUAGUAAUGCUGGUAGGGAGAACAUCACUUCCAAGCAAAGUAUUUUGUGAUUUGAUAGCCUUUUCUAUAUACGUUCAAAAGGUGAAAAAAACAUUAUAGGGUAUCAUUUUCCUAUUAUUAUUAUUAUUAUUUACAUUUUUGUAUUAUUUUAGGCUCCAUGGUGGUGCAGUGGAUAUCACUGUCGCCUAACAGAAAUAAAGUCCCGGGUUCAGUCUAAAGACGUGCAGGAUGACUGGGACGUGUAAAUUGCCCACCCACGGCUUUGAACAGGAAUAAGCGGGAUGGAUGGAGUAAAUUAUUAUUAUUGUUCUUCAAUAUUAUUCGUACUAAAAAAACAAAUUAUAAUAAUGAAAGCAAGAAUUACUAACGAAUGUUGUAGCUGACGUCACUUUUGUGUCAUAACAUUCCACGAAAUAACCAUUCGAUAAACCUGAAUUUCUAGUUAUGCUAAUAGAGCGAGAGCGACUGCAAUAUGUUUAUGUGUUCGUAUAACAUAUAGUAUAUGUUAUAACUUCUCAAUUGCUAUGAAUUUCCAAGAAUAGCCAAAUAAGCACUGUUUUUAACGUCACAUAAUAGAAUUUAACAUGAUUGGAGCUCAGGGUUUGGCUCGGAAUUUAGAGCCCAUUAAGCUCCGCCCUUACAAUCAGGUGGAUCCUCAACUAAAUAUAACAGGUGAAGUGGUCACUGUUCAUAGCGCAUCUCCUGAACUCCAAAUAAGUAUUAGCAGCGUCACUAGUUGUGGCCCUCUUCUGAAAUACUCGUUAAUUUCUGCGAGCCGAGCUGAAUGUAAUGGAAGUGUUUUGACAUUUUUGUGAGAAAGGUGUUUUGAGCCGAGUGUGAGGAGCAUGAGCUGGGGGGCACUGUACGCCCAGUUGGGCGGAGUCAACAAGCACUCCACCAGCCUGGGGAAGAUCUGGCUGUCGGUCCUCUUCAUCUUCCGCAUCAUGAUCCUGGUGCUGGCGGCGGAGAGCGUGUGGGGCGACGAGCAAGCCGGCUUCACCUGCAACACGCAGCAGCCCGGCUGCAAGAACGUCUGCUACGACCACUUCUUCCCCGUCUCGCACAUCCGGCUCUGGUGCCUGCAGCUCAUCUUCGUCUCCACGCCGGCGCUGCUGGUGGCCAUGCACGUGGCCUACCGCAAGCGCGAGACCAAGAAGACUAUUCUGCGCAAAAACGGCGACCAGGUGCAGGGUGACCUGGAGGACCUGCGCAAGAGCCGGCUGUCCAUCACCGGGCCGCUGUGGUGGACCUACACCUCCAGUCUGUUCUUCCGGCUGAUCUUCGAGGGCAGCUUCAUGUACAUCCUGUACUUCAUCUACAAUGGCUUCCAGAUGCCGCGGCUCGUCAAGUGCGAACAGUGGCCCUGCCCAAACAAGGUGGACUGCUUCAUCUCCCGGCCCACUGAGAAGACGGUCUUCACCCUCUUCAUGGUGUGCUCGUCGGCUAUCUGCAUGGUGCUGAACGUGGCGGAGCUGUUCUACCUCAUCUGCAAGGCGCUGAUACGCUGCUCCCACCGGAGGCAGAACCGCCAGCGCCGCCGUAUCAUGCUUGCUGAGGAAAAGGCCCUGUCUCAGAAUGAGAAGAAUGAGAUGUUACAGUCAUCCAAUGCGAAAGCUCUGUGAGAAGGAAGUCACUCUGCCCUGGUGCCAUUGACUGCUGCUGUGCUAAAACCACCAUGAUCCAGAAAGCAAAAUGACGUUAAACAAAAUAAUUUGCAAGGGGACUCAAUCCCACAGUGUCCCCUAGUGGCUAUACUAAUAUACUGCAAGAAGACUGCUUUUAUUCAUGCACCAGUUGCUCCAGUGAAAGAGCAGUAAUAUGAUUGGCUUUGGUGCAUGAAAAUGACCGGUUGAACCUAAGAGAUGUUGUAGGACCAAAAAGUGUUAUGCCUUGCAUUAUAGAUCGUUAGUGAGGCAGUGUAGCUUCCACAUGCUUGAGUUUCCCUGAGCAGGGACUAAGGUUUAGUACUUCCCGCUAGCCCUCUCAUAGUAUAGAAGUCAGGAACGUGAUUUGCUUUGCUAUUUAAAUCAACAAAUGAAGGUGAAAAAUGAAGUUAUGUCAAUGAUGUAUUCACUUCAGCCUUGACCACUGUCACUGGUUGUAUUGUUUUCUGUUUUAUUUCUUAAUAUAGGUAACAGCUAAACACUUUGAGUUUUUUUUGCUUUUUAGUCCAAUUUAAUAUUCUAAAACCCCGUGCCAUCAUUUAUAAUGGUCAUUUCACCUAGACUUCGAGAUUAUUUUAUUGACAAGGGUGAUGAAACCUUAAUAUCUGUCAUGAACCUUGUACAACAUGUAACUCGAUGUAUUUGUGCUUGUUCAUCUGGCAGUGAAUUGUGCGGACAAAUCUGUAAGUUCUGGAACCCUGCAGUUCCGUUCCCCAGUGCUGUUCCCAUUACUGCAAACCAUGGAACCUUGAAGCUGGUCUUGAGGUUAUUUUUCUGUCCUUCACAGAAUUUGUAAGAUUAUGAGGGCUGAUCAUGCACAUGGUCAGUGGUCCUUCAUGGAUGUUACAGAUUGCUUUGCAGUUGGUUGAAAGUUUUAUAGGAUGCAUGAUCAUGUCAACUGAAGGAUUUCAAUGUAUUGAAUUGUAUUUCAUUUUUAAAAAAUAUAUAUUAUUUGCGUGACCUCUUUUAGUAGAAACCCAUACACUGAUAUCAAUGUGCACAAAUACUUUUUUUACAUUACUUGAAUACUUUUAAUAAAAAAAAAUUAUAA